AUGACAGCAGAGCAGAAGGAGUACGAAGCCAUUCGUUUGGUUGAAAUGAUCGAUAACAAAGUAUGGAAUGUGGAAGUGAUCGCUGUUUUGCUACAAUUCCUCUCCAAACGACUCGAUAAUGAACUUGAGAUUAUAGUUGAUUCCCACCUAAGAAAUCAUACGGUCCAGAAUAGCAGAGAGCGAUUGGCGCCGGUGCUGACGUGUCUGAGUGAGGCCUCCCGGGCCAACGCCACGAUUCGCAAAUACCUACGCCUCAAGAUAUUGCCGCCGCUCAAGGAUGUCAAGGAACGGCCCGAAGAGGGGACCACACUUCGCAACCGAUUGGUGCGACUCAUGACAUCACCGCACACUGAAGUCAAAGAACUG